UCUAGAAAAAAUAAAACAAUAGAAGUUCCUAGCUGAUGCGUGCAUGAACCAAUGAUAAACAAGCCAUUGCUUUAACCGGAUAGACAAGUGCAUGAAACGGAAGGAUAAACGUGUCCGGUUUAGAUAAUGAUCGAGAUGCUAAACUAACAAGGAUGCGCUGCAUCAGCUUUUCAUCCGUUACUGUUCUGAUUUGUGCUAAGAAGGACGUGGAAGGAGGAAAACGAAAAAAAAAAUAGAUUUUGGUCAAUUUUAUUUAAAAUUUAGAAAGAAAUUUUUUUCAUUAAUAAUUCUUCAAUAUAUGCGGAAAAAUGAAGAAUGGCGUGAGAUUCAUGUACCAGAAACUUGGCAAUGGUUCAUUUGUUAAAGAGUAUAUCAUUUGAAGAAUGAAAUAAUUCAUUUUAAAAUCUUUCUUUAAAAGUGGUCAUCUACUGAGACUUUAGUAGUCACUAAUUUGAAUAAAAGAUUGACUAAUUUUACCAAUGUAUAUAAUAAGCAUUCUAGAUAGGUUACUAAUUUAAUAUGAAAUGUAAGGAGACCCCAAAAAAAACUUAAAAAUUGAAUUACACCCUAGCCCGCCAUUACUAGCCUUCCAUAAAGAUUUUGGUAGUGACGGAAAAGGUAAGAAAUCUACAGAUUUCGGAUUCACCUUAUCUAAAAUCUACAGAUUUCGGAUUCACAUUAUCUCAAAUCAAAGCCACAUAAACGAAAAAUUAACAUCUGUCUUCGUUUUGUUUUUCUUAUCGGAUUUACCUUUUUAUUUUGGGUUUGGGUGUGUGUUUUGUCGAGAGUAUGGGCGACGAAAUCAUGAACAACAUCUCUGAAACGAGGAUCGAAGAUCAAACCCAAAUUAGACAAUCGUCGUAUUGCCACCAGUGUCAUCAAAGGAGAUCGGAUGUUGUCGGAAAUUGCGUGACAAAGAGGCCAAACACGACAUGUAUGGUGAAGUAUUGUAGUAGUUGCCUAUGGAACAGGUACAAAGAGAUCCCAGAGGAUGUUUCAUCGAAAGAAGACUGGCUUUGUUACAAAUGCAGGGGAAUUUGCGAUUGUAGUAAAUGCCUAAAGACACAAGGUAAGAAGCCAACUGGGUUUCUUAGAGAAAAUGGUUCCAGCUCCUAUGCCGUUAAAAACCCCAAAAAUGCCAAACGCCAGCUGAAGUUGAAUGAUUCAAGUGAAGGCUACAACGAGGAGAAUCCUGCAGCCGGAAAAAGAACAAAACCCAUUCUCAAGAAGAAAGAGAAGUCUCAGCUUGAGGAGGUUAAGCUACCUCAGGGCAGCGAGUCAAUCACUGUCUUCGGCAUUGACUUGCCCUCUGAAAAUGCUGGAAGAGUUCUUCAGUUUUUGGAGUUCUGUUCGAAAUUUGGAAAGGCUCUUGGCAUGAGAGGAGGGGAACCUCAACUUGUUGUGAGUGAGAUUGUAUCAGGGAGAAACAGAAGGAGCCAUGAGCAUUCUACCCUCACCCAAAUGAUAAUCCAAUUAUUGACUCUUAUAUUGGUAGACACAGGAGACAAAUCAGUUGGCCUGAGUGCAUCAGACGAUAGGUGGUUCAAUGUUCUUGGAGACUGUCUUGCCGAAUCCGAAGUUAAGCUUGAUGACUUCCCUCCUGAGAUGUUUCAAAAAGGCAUUGCUGAGUAUGAGGAGAUGGGUUCAUCGGAAAGGCUGAAACUUUUGAAUUUCUUGUGCGAUGAAACGCUUAGCACAAAGGUGCUGAGGGAUUGCUUUGCUAAUCCUGAAUUUGUUGAAAAGAAAAAGGAAGCAAAAGAAAAGUUGAAUGCAGCAAAAGCUAACGAGCAAAAACUAUAUCAGAAGUUAGAAGAUGAGUUCUCCAAAGCUCAAGCAGAGAAUAAUGGGGUUGAGUUGACAAUUAAACAACGGCUUGCAAUUGUAUCACAAAUGGAAGCUGAAUCUGAACUAGUCUUUGCCGGAAUGCAAAACGCGUUAAAAAUGCAAAAUGUUCAAGAAUAUGAUAAUGUUCUUAGAACCAGUCCGGUCGAAUUGGAUGACAAUGGUCUUACUCUCUGGAAAUUGAAGUCGUACAACAAAGAACCAAACAUUUUACUUCAAGAUUUAGGAAGCUGGAGUGACGUAUGUCCUCAUGAAAGGUGGUUUGCGUUUAGCCCUGAGCAAAAACCACAAGUAGAGAAGUACAUUGCUUGCAAAAAGGUAGAUCAUUUUCUCUCUCUGGCUCUCUCUAAUAAUAUAAUGUCAAGGAAUUUAUUAUGGUUUGUAGGCUUCUAAAUUAAUUUUAGGUUAAAGAAUUUAUUAGAACUUCUUAGGUUUAAGAUUACUUUGGUGAAUGAAUUCAUUAAAAACUGUUUAGGUCAACGAAUUUAUCAACGCUUUUUAGGAUUUAAGUGUUCUUUAUUAAUCUCAAAUACAUCUUCAUAUAUGUCUAUACAAUACUUUACACACACACACAUAUAUAUAUAUAUACUUGCAACUAAAGCAUUUAUCCACAGACUUUGGAAUCGAUGUCAUGGUUUACAUUCAAAUACUAACUUAGCAUGAAACUGUAUACAAUCAAAUACUAGUUUUGCAUUAAAAUGUACUAUGAUUUUCUUGAAGUCUCAAGACAUGUUUUGUUCAUGAGUAUGCAUUUUCAGCUUUGCAAAUCAUUUCCUCUUUUGAAUACUAUGUACGUCGAAUGACUCUAAUUUGUUCACAGGUUUUCAUAUUCUGAUGUGCAUCUUAAUUUUUCUUUUGAUUUCUAAUUUUGUAGAAAGAAAAGGCUUCUCAAAAAUGGAAGGGAAAUACUGCUCUUGAGUCUUAGCGAUAAUUUGACUUUUUUUUUCUGUGAGAACAUAAUAGAAAAAUGAUUAUGAUCGUAAAAAGGCUGACUCAUUUGCACUGGAUAUGAUUUGUUGUUUUAUUUACAUUUCUGAACAACCAAAAAAACUCUGUUUCGUAAUUUCUUUUUAUCUUAAAAACCAUUUAGACUUUG